CCUACAAUCAAAACCAUAAUAGCUCCCAUGACCUGCAAUUGUCCAACUAGUAUACAGAUAUGGAAAAGUUACUAGCAUUUGUUCUUCUGAGUCUCUUCGGAGCAGUAACAAGUGAGUUCAUACUGACAGUCAACUUGGUAAACUACACCAACCCAACCGGACUAUGUGCUGAAUGUGCUGCUCCACUGAGUAGUGUGGCAAGUGCUGACCAGCUAGUACCAGUGUGCUGUGAUGAUCGACCACUCACAAACACUAACUGUAACAACACAGGAGAGGAGAGAUGUGACACCAGGUUCCGUUGGACCAUCAGACCAUUCGGUGCAUCACUGGAGACAAGACCUGUUAGUGUACCCAAUGCUGACAACCCUCCCUACUUCUUCACAGACUGUUUAAUGUCCCCCAGCACUUGCCCAUUCAGUGAAAUGAGCAUAACAUUCAGUCAAAGUCCAACAGCACUACUGGGAAUAACACCCAAUCCUCUACCUGUUUCAAAAACAAAUUUUACUGUGUGGACGGGACGGUUACAGUUCUUUAUAGAAGCCAUUGAUAGUGGACUCCCGAACAUAAUAGACAGUCUGUUGAUUGACCUGGACAACCUCCAACUUGGAGCAGACUUCACAGAGGAGAUGACGUUCACUGGAUACCACAGCAUAUCUCACAUGACCACGAGUUUUAGAGUCGAGUGCUCUCCUGGUUUCUGUGGACCUGACUGUACCACAACACCUCAGAACAAUCCACGAGUGGCAACAUGUCAAGCUGAUGGCACUCUAACGUGUACUGACAACCGAUUAGACCCUUCACCUCUUGUAGCCUGCAACGACUGCCUCUACAACCUGGAUAUUACUACAGGCUGUUCUACCUGUUUGGAUGCCAACUAUGACCCAACUACCAACUGUACAUCAUGUAUGGACACAAACUUCAACUGUCUUGAAGACUGUACAUUCUGUUUGUUGGACUUCUACGACCUACAGACAAACUGCACUCAGUGCCUACCCAACAGAGAUCCCUCUACCAACUGCACUCAGUGCCUACCCAACAGAGAUCCCUCUACCAACUGCACCCAGUGUCUACCCAACAGAGAUCCCUCUACCGACUGCACCCAGUGUCUACCCAACAGAGAUCCCUCUACCGACUGCACCCAGUGCCUACCCAACAGAGAUCCCUCUACUAACUGCACCCAGUGUCUACAGAACAGAGAUCCCUCUACCAACUGCAUCCAGUGUCUACCAGGUUGGGACAUCACAUCGGACUGUACUAGUUGCCUAUCCAACAGAGAUUCCUCUACCAGUUGCACCCAGUGCCUACCCAACAGAGAUUCCUCUACCAACUGCACCCAGUGUCUACCCAACAGAGAUCCCUCUACCAACUGCACCCAGUGUCUACCUAACAGAGAUCCCUCUACCAACUGCACCCAGUGUUUACCAGGCUGGGACAUUACCUCAGACUGUAUUAGUUGCCUACCCAACAGAGACCCAGUCACCAACUGCUCCCUCUGCCUACAACCAGACAGGUUCACUGAUACAGACUGCAGUGUGUGUGCUCUACUGGGAGGGGACCCAGCAGCACUCUGUCAAACAUGCCUUUCUCACUGGAAAGACCCGAACAACAAUUGUACAUGUAAAUAUAACUACGAUGAAAGUACAGAUUGCUCCACUUGUGUGCCUGGUUGGGACAGUAACUAUGACUGCAGUGUAUGUCUCACUGGGAGGAACAUGUCCACAGACUGCACCACCUGUAUCCCUGGUUACUCGGGAGAAGAAUGCAGACUAGAUCUGUCAGUGCCAUCUGAGAUAAAUGCCACCUCUGGAGGCGUGAUCGGUGUGCUACUGUUUGUGAUACUCACACUAGUGAUGACCAUUGCUAUACUGGGGGUCUACAUCAAAACAAGAGGAAAAGAAAACUCAUUUGACAUAGAUCCAGCCAUUGAGGUGGUAGAGAAUACAGUGUAUGGGGUGAGACCGGGCACUCCUGACACGAGACAGCGCACCACAACUGGUGGUAUUGAGCUGAAGCCUAAUCUAGUGUACAGUAACAUAGCAGCAGACCAUGGCAACCAAACUGAGCAAAAUGGAGACCCUUAUGAACAAUCUUUAGUGUAUGACUACGUAAUACCUUGAAAAUGACAAUACUAUGCAUGCACUAGAAAGAACACACGCACUAUAAGCACCUCAUCUGUUUACCAUGCGAUAAUAACAUUUACCAAUAACUGUACAGUUA